GGGGGAGGAACGGAGGGAACUGAUCGUUUUGCUUCCUUCCCUGCAAAGUAGGCCGUGGGGGCUCCCACUGGCUGCUACGAUGUUGGCGUUCUCUGCCCUUUAUCCGCUCCGGAGAGUUGUAGCGGGGUGCAAAAUCCGCACCCAGCCAAGCCUCGAUCAGGUUUGUUCGCCUUUUGCCACAGGACCCAGGCAAGAUGUUGGCACAUUCUAUGAACUUCGUACUUACAAUAUCAAACCAGCAAAGACAAAAGAAUUCCUUGAGUUGGUCAAUAAAAAUAUUAACAUUCGCAUGGCUCACUCAGAGAUGAUUGGAUUCUGGACAGUGGAGUUUGGGUCAAUGAAUAAGGCCUUUCAUAUUUGGAAAUAUGAUAACUUUGCUCACAGAGCAGCUGUGAGGAAAGCUGUAGUCGGCGAUAAAGAAUGGCAGGAAAACCUGUCAGCAAUUCUUCCCCUUCUAAAUAAGCAGCAUAUGGAAAUUGCUUAUUUGGUUCCCUGGUGUAAGCUCGGGACUCCUCCAAAGCCAGGAGUUUAUGAACUGGUUACUUAUCAGCUGAAACCAGGCGGACCAGCUUUGUGGGGAAAGUCAUUCAAAGCAGCGAUUGAUGCACAUGUCAGUAAAGACUAUGCUAAACUGAUUGGCAUCUUCCACACAGAAUAUGGAUUACUCAAUACAGUUCAUGUGCUUUGGUGGCAUGAGAACCCAGAUAGCCGUGCAGCUGGGAGGCAUUUUGCCCAUGAAGAUGCCAGGGUGGUAGCAGCAGUACGGGAGAAUGUUCAGUUCUUGGAAUCCCAGCAAAACAUGCUCCUUAUUCCUGCACUGUUUUCACCUUUGAAAUAGUUUUGUACCAGCUGAAGGGCAACAGAUGAAGACAUCCUUUAUUUCUGCACUUUUUUCUUCCAACUGCAAUGUUUGUGUUUUGAUGCAGAUCAAGUGUAGCUUUGGUAUUUAAUGAUAUGUGAAACUUGAUUUUCUAGCCUGUCACUAACAAAGAGUUGAUUUCUUGCUUGUGUGUACAAAAACAUCUAAAAUUAUUUAGUGGAAAUUUGAACCCUAGUCUCCCAGGUCCUAGUCCAACAUUCUAAUCAAUGCAGCACGCUGAUGCUAAAACUAUAUAAACAUCUUAAUUGAAAUUUCGUGCAGGAUCUCAGCCUUAUUUUUUUCGUUGAUGAAGAAAUGAAAAUAUGCAGGGCAGAUUUGAACUAGUGUUUUUGUUUUAUACCCAUAUCCUUUAAAAUUGUUAGUUUAUUCAUGCAACCAAAAAUAAAUGUGAAAUAUACCCCUAAAUACUCCAUUAAGCAGCUACCUUAGUGGAUUCCUCAUGAGGAGUCUUCCAUACAUUAAUCUACAUCUAUAAUUCCCAUUACUGCUUUUACAGAUUAACAUUCACUAUCCAGAUUACAGUGAGGUAUAAACAGUAUUAAAUCUAGAACUGUAUUUCACAACAGUGUUUGGACUGUAGUAUAUAUUGUUCAGACUACAUCCAAUCACUUUACGAAAUUCAUUGUGGCUCCCCUAAAUUGUGUGUAGAUUAUUCACUUACUAAUCACUGAAGUUUUUUUUCCCUUGCAUUUUAUAGGGAAACUAUUUUUUGUCAAGGUUUACACUUUAAAACCCAAUAAGCGUUUCUAAAAUCCUGAUAUUUCUACAGCACAACCGGAGGUUUGCUCUCCAAAUUUAGCUUUGGACCACCCCAAAUCAUACCUCCACAUUUCUGGAGAGUGAACAAUUGCAGAGAUACAAUUGUAUCCAUCCCAACACUUCACUCAGACACAAGACACAAUUAGACAUGGUACCCUUAUGACAAUAAUACCAACGUAAGUAGUUAAGACCCCCAAGCAUCAUUUUUGGGGGUGCAAUACAACUUUGUCGUACGGGCUCCCUUCACACACAUCACAGUCCCAUCCCAUACAUAUAAUUUUGUGAGUCAUGAAAAAAAGUUUCUAUUUGGAUUUGGAAAUGGAAAAUGGAAAUAGACUGCCUUCAAGUUGAUUCUGACUUAUGGUGACCCUAUGAAUACGGUUUUCAUGGUAAGCGGUAUUCAGAGGGGGUUUCCCAUUGCCUUCCUCUGAGGCAGAGAGGCAGUGAUUGGCCCAAGGUCACCCAGUGAGCUUCAUGGUUAUGUGGAGAUUCGAACCCUGGUCUCCCAGGUCGUAGUCCAACACCUUAAUCACUACACCACACUGGCUCUCUGAUUUGGAAAUUAGAUGUUCUAUUCACUAAUAGGCAAAAAACCUUGCGGUUUAAGAACAUACCUAUAGCCCACAGAUAUGCCUAUCAAACUUUAAAAAGCUGGGAAAUUGGGCAGCUAUAGUGAAUGCACCAGGGAAGCAGGAGACCUGACCUCCUCUCUGAGAUAUUGGACUGCCCUACGAAUUUGUCAGAAUGCAAACACAAUUUGGAUUGGUCUUUCACAGUCCAAUCCAUUUGCUGUGUAUUGGAGGGGGCAAAGGAAGGGGGAGGGCAGGUUUGAUCAUUUGCAGGCUUAUAGAGUUCAGUGGUAUUUAUUUCCAUGCAAUCAUGCUUAAGAUAGGUAAA